CCACGCGGCCAGCAACCAAGAAGGCGGCCGCCUUCACAGCCGGAGCCAAACAACAGCCAGACAACAGCCAGACAGCAGCCAAACUACAGCCGCAAGCAGCCAAGCAACAGCCGCAACCAACCAGCAGCCAGCAGCGAUGCCCGGGAAGAUCCUCGCCGAGCUGGAGGAGACCACAGCGGCGCCCACGACGGAGCCAAAGAAGGUGAAGGGAGAAAAACGGCGGAGGCAGAAGGGAGGAGACGCAGAGACCACGAUGGAGGAGGAGAAGGAGGAGGAAACACCGGAGGAGGUGAAGAGAGCAAAGAAGACAAAGAAGAGAGAGAGACGCCAGGAGGAGGAGGAGACACAGACCGUCCCUGAGAAGUCUCCAAAGAAAAAGAAGAAGAGAAAGAGCGAGGAGACUGAAGAAGCACAGGUUGUGGAGGAGGAGGUUGAAGAGGAGCCGAAGAAACCCAAAUCCUCAUCCAAGAAACGGAAGCUCCCUCCCACCUCCCCUCCUUCCCCCGCGAGCGCCAAGGAAGAGGAGGCCCCCCUUUCCGCCGCCUCCAUCUCCUCCACCACCUCCUCGCUCUCCGGCGAAGAGGUGGAGGGGGGAGGCAAUGCAGAGGUUCUCUCCGAGGAGCAGAUUGCCGGAGCGUUUUCCAACUUCAACAUCUCUGAUAAAACCAUCACCCUCCUGCGUGGCCGUGGGGUGUCGUAUCUGUUCCCCGUGCAGUGCCUCUCCCUGGAGCCCAUCAUGGCCGGCUGGGACCUGGUGGCCCAAGCCCGAACGGGAACCGGCAAGACGCUGGCCUUCGCCAUCCCCCUGGUGGAGCUGCUGCGGCAGAGACACGGGACGGGCAACGCAUCCAAAUACGGCCGGCUCCCACAGGUGCUGGUGAUGUGCCCCACAAGGGAGUUGGCCGUGCAGGUGGCCGACGACCUCCGAGCCAUCGCGGCCCCUCUACGCGUCGCCUGCUUCUACGGGGGCACGGCCUACGGGCCCCAGCUGCAGCAGAUCCGUUCUGGGCUGGACGUGCUGGUGGGCACGCCGGGCCGACUCCGCGACCUCAUCCAGAACCACGGCCUGAGGCUCCGCGCGAAGCACACCAACGAAGAGGAGGACUCCAUCAAGAAGAAGAAGGAUGAGGAGGUGGUGGAGGAGGUGGAGAAGGAGGAGAAGAAGGGGGCAAAGAAGAGCGGAGGGAAGGAGGAUGGCGUACGCCACGUGGUGCUGGACGAGGUGGACCAGAUGCUGGACAUGGGCUUUGCCGAUCAGGUGGAGGAGAUCCUGGGAUGCAUCUACAGCAAGGCAUCCCCAGAAAACAACCCACAGACUCUGCUCUUCUCAGCCACGUGCCCUCCCUGGGUGUUCAAGGUCGCCCAGAAGUUCAUGAAGGAGACGUGGAGACGUGUGGACCUCAUGGGCACUGAGAAGACCCGAGCAGCCACCACCGUGCAGCAUCUGGCCGUGUGCUGCCCACGCUCGGAGCGUGCCGUCUGCCUGGGCUCCGUGCUGCGGGUCUACGCUGCGGGGUUACCGGGAGGUAACGGGGUCAGCCCCGUGGGGUCAUCGGGAGGUCACGGGGUCACCUCCGUGGGGUCGUCGCGAGGCCGCGCCAUCGUCUUCUGCGAGACCAAGAGGGAGGCGGCUGAGCUCGCGCUCAGCCCGGCCAUCGCGCAGGAGGCCCAGUGUCUGCACGGUGACGUACCACAACAGCAGAGGGAGGCGUGUCUGCGCGCGUUCCGCUCCGGUGCCGUCCGCGUUCUGGUGGCCACCGAUGUGGCAGCUCGCGGCCUCGACGUGCCGGAGGUGGAGCUCGUGGUGCAGUGCCAGCCCCCGCACGAUGUGGAGUCUUACAUCCAUCGCAGUGGGCGCACCGGGAGGGCCGGCAGGACCGGGAUAUCCAUCUGCUUCUACGAGGAGAGAGACGCUGGAACCCUGAGGGCAAUCGAGAGCAAGGCGGGCUUCGUGUUCAAGAGAAUCGCCGUUCCCUCGGCCAAUGAGGUCCUCGCUGCCUCUACACAGGACGUCAUCAGGUCCCUGGAGUCUGUCUCUGCUCGCGUCGUCUCGCGCUUCCGUGUCUCCGUGGAGAAGAUGCUGUCCCACAGAGACCCCUGGGAGCUGCUGUCGGCCGCUCUCUCCCUGCUCGCGGGGUACGAGGGAGACGACAACAGGUCCCUGCUCACAUCCCUCAAGGGCUACACGACGCUGAUUCUCCGAUCCUCAGUGCCCCUGUCCCACUCCUCAGCGGCGUGGAGAGCCCUCAAGGAGGAGCUGGGAGAGCAGCGCGCGGAGGAGAUGGUGCGCGGGAUGAGGCUCCUCAAGGGAAAGACGGGAGUUUGCUUUGACGUCCCAGAGAACAAAGUGGAGGAGAUGAAGGCUGCGUGGCCUCCGUCCAAGCGAUGGACCCUGGAGGAGACGGACGAGCGGCCGGAUUUGGAGGAAAUCAACUUCACGGCCGGAGGGGGAGGAGGAGGAGGAGGGGGGAGGUGGAGGGGAGGAGGAGGAGGGGGAGGAGGAGGAGGGCGUCGCUUCGGCAACGGAGGAGGAGGAAGAUCGGGAGGUGGGGGAGGAGGAGGGAGGUGGAGGGGAGGCGGGGGAGGAGGGGGGAGGAGAGAUGGAGGACGCAGAUAAGAGAGUGGUGCUGCGGGGUGAGAGGGGGCAGAGGGGGUGACGGAGUGAGGGAGGAGAGUCUUGUCUGAGUGUGCGUCAGUUCAGUUUGUGUGGUGAGUGUGUGAGUGAGUGUGUGAGUUCGUGUGUGAGUGUGUGUGAGUGUGUGAGUGUGUUGAGUGUGUGAGUUCGUGAGUGUGGUGAGUGUGUGAGUGAGUGUGUUGAGUGUGUGUGUGUGUGAGUGAGUGUGUGAGUGAGUGAUUGAGUGUGUUGAGUGUGUGAGUGAGUGAUUGAGUGUGUUGAGUGUGUGAGUGUGUGUGUGAGUGUGUGAGUGUGUUGAGUGAGUGAGUGUGUUGAGUGUGUGAGUGUGUGAGUGUGUGAGUGAGUGUGUGAGUGAGUGUGUGAGUGUGGUGAGUGUGUGAGUGAGUGUGAGUUCAUGUGUGAGUUCAUGUGUGUGAGGGUGUGCGAGUGUGAGUGUGCGGGGGGAGCGGUGGCUCAGCGGUUAGCGCCGCGCUACGAAUCCCCCAAAAGCGGGGACCUGGGUUCGCACAGCCGCCACCAUAGGUCGCGACUAUCUGAGCCCAUUCCUGUCCUGGGGACCCCCUCCCCUAGGUCGACUCAGCCUCAAACAAUAAGCAGGCAUCGUGUGGUGUGUAAGAUGAACUUCACCACGCGGGAAGGGGGGGGGGGAGCUUUGACUUUGUGUGAACCAUCUACCCUCACCACGUGAUGCAAAUAAACAUCGGGAACUCUCA